AUGGGAGAACAGAGAAGGAAGUGGUCCGUGCAGCCAUGGGUACUGAGGCCAACGUCUCCACGUGUGCCUUGCAAGCCCUGGCGCAACGACAAUACUCCUGCCCGGUGUUUGAUUGUACCUAAGAAGGAGCCUUUCAGGAUCCCCACUUCCCUAGAUGGCCGGAGAUGGGUAUUUGUGAAGGAAGGGCUGGAGCCCUUUAAAAAAAGCCGUCCACCAUCUGAAAAUAUUACUGCUGAAGCACGCAAGGGACCCUUUCUUCCGUCGAUUUCUCACAAACCUCCCCCCAGGAAUCCCAUGAAGAUGCCCAAGUAUGCCAACGUGUAUUCUUCGCUCUCGCAAAGCCAGCAAGCACGCAGGGCCUACAUAGCAAACCUCGAAGAGAAAAUGAAACGGAAGCACCCCUUGGCUCUCUACCCGAAUCUGGAAGACAACAUACCCGAAGGUGUCUUACUAGAUGUGCUGAAAUUGCUGGACCCUGAAAGGAAGCUGGAGAGUACGUGGGAUUAUUGUGAGACCGAGAAGAAAGAUAGAAAACCCAAGAAACCUUUCAAGGUAACCAAAUAUUCUAAAACCGUGAAAACGUGCCUGAAUCCUCCCCCGAUUCCUGGCAAGCGAGUAGAUCUGGUGCCACUGAAAAAACCCAAGGUCUCAAAGGCAUUAUAUGAAGCUGUUAUGCGGAAGUACAUACCCAAAACCGUCUAUAAAUUCUGUGAAUGGGUUCAGACCCUUGGAGACUUAGACAUUGAUGAAAAUGUAGUGGUGGAUCACUUUGAUCUUGGCUAUGAGUGCAUACCAACCUAUAUAGAUACUCGCAUCAAGAAAGUAAAUAGAAUUCCUUUAGAGACCAGGCAAUGCAGAAAACUUAGCAGAGUGAAACAGAUACGAUUCUCUAUCCAGGAAAGCAAUUUUGAGAGGAGAUUUCGGAAGCCACCUGAUCCGUACAAAUCCCACAGGCAGAAGAUAAGGUAUGGAGCUUGGUACCUGAAGCCUAGUUUGUGGAAAAAGCUAGUAAAUAAUGAGCCUCUGAUUGACCCAAAGGAGUUCAUUGAGGUAACUUAUCCACCAGACAUUAUUGAUGAACUUUACGGUACAAUUGCCUUUAAGGAUUACAUCAUGAGCAAAGGCUACAAUAUGCCAGCUAUUCUUGAGAAGUUUUUCUUCAGGAAGGGAUGGGAUUACCAAGAUGUUAUCACUCCUAUCCCGAGAGUAGUAAGAGCUCAUGAACUGAAAUAUGCAGAGGAUGAGGAUGAUGAUGACGACUAUGACGAUUUCGAUGACUACGACUAUUAUAACUAG